AUGACGGCCGGCUCCGGCAGCAGCGGCGAGCGUGCCGAUAACCUGGGCGAGCUGGGCAACAGCGCCGCCUCGAGACUGGCGAGCAACUCGCUCAUGCACUCCACCGUCACCCGCGAGAAGAGCGUCAAGGGCGCCGACGACCUCCGUAGGAGGGGCAGCGUCGACGAGCGCACCACGACCCUCACCGGUGGCCGUCUCUACAUUGCCAACCCCGACUAA